AUGGGCCCGCGCCGGAGCCGCAAGCCCGAAACACCAAGGAGGCGCCCCGCGAGCCCGGCUCCCGCCGCACGCCGGCCAGCUCCGUCCUUAGGUACGGCCUCCCGUUCACCUGCUCGCCGGAGAUACAGAAUCCUGAAGGAGAUACGAACUCUUCAGAAGACCACACACCUGCUGUUAAGAAAGACCCCCUUCUGCCGCCUGGCAGCAGAAGCGUUUCCAGUUCAUCUCUUUGAGGAUGCCUAUCUCCUCUCCUUACACACCGGCCGCAUCACGCUUUUCCCGAAGGAUGUGCAGCUGGCCCGGAGGAUCCGAGGCAUUCAGGAAGGGCUUGGCUGAGCUCUGGCCACGCGCCCGAGUCUCUGGUUGAUACCAGAGCCUCUGCCUGUAGCCAGGGCCAGAUCCACGCAGUACAAGGUGUUGCCUGGCCUUGCUCUCUUGGAGCAGAGCGUGCGAGUUGCUUUCGUAGUUAUUUUUUAGAAGAAGACUGCAUGGCUAUCCUCUGUAACAGAGGUAAUAUAUGAGAGAAGCAACACAUUCCAGAAAUCCUGAGAUUAAUUUUCAGAUGAUGAGACACUAAGGUUGACUUCACUUUGCAAAUUAUUCAUGUGACUGAUGAUUUGGAAGACAUCAGAUUUUCUAGGUUAUGGGCAAAAAGGAUAUUCACUGAUUAUUUUAAAUCUUCUUGUACCAUUUAAAUUUUUUACCAUAUAUAUAUUUACUUUUAUUUAAAACAUGAUGGAAAAAAUAAGAGAAGACCAGUCAGUUGCAUGGAAUAGCCUGACGCAUCCAGCAUACAAAUCUCUGUCCUUCAGAUUGACUUCAUCAUUAACAGCAGAAGCAAGUUCGUAUGUGGACUAUACCUGUCAACAGAUUAUACAGCUUUUCAAAAACUCAAUUGGGAUGAAAAUAGAAAAUUGUUAAGGUUUGAUGUUCUGGCUCCUUCUGGUAAAUUCCUGCCAAAAUCAUUCAGAAAUUCCAACUUGUAGAAUUUAUUUUAUUCUUUAUUUGCAAAUUAUAGAAGAUGUAUCAUAAUUUAUACUUCAGAAUUUUUCAUUCCAGGAUUUUAAAGAGCCUUUUCAAUGUUUUUACAGGUAUUUUUAUAACUUCCUUGUGGAGAGAUAAUAGAAAUAAUUCUUAAUAGAAAAAAUUUGAAGCAAAGUUACUGUUAUACAUAGAUUAUACUAUGUUCUUUGUGUGUUAGCCUUAAAUCCUUCAUUUGGACACUUUGCCAACAGCCACAAUUUAAACAAGAGAAUUGAGGGGUGUAUCUUUGCCUCCAGUGGAGUAGAGUAUGAGCCGAUAAAAUCCUUGCUCUUCUCUUGUAACUGAAAGCAGUUAAGAGACUUCCAGAGAAAUAGGAAGUGCCAUCCAAAGACACUUAGAUAUUGUGUGUGAUGAAAAUGAUUAGUGAGGGCAGAUACUAAUAAUGAUGCGUCAGCCAGUUGAAUUCAAACUAAAGGGAAGGACCAAAUUCUGUUGUUUGAUAAAUUUUAACCCUUUAUAAAAACAUUUUCCUGUUUGACAUCAACUCAUUUUUAUGUAAACAUUGGAAUAAAGCUUAUCUUUGAAUACAU